UUUACCUCGGUAUAAUUGCUGCUGCGGCCUGCUGCUGUUUUGAAGCGGCUGGACGUCAACUCCCGCCCCACUGUGCUGUGAUUGGCUUGUCAUUCAGGCUUAGGGCCGUUACCUUGAGCAGCUGUCCAAUCAACACGAGGAUAAACAUUGCCCACCAAUCAGAGAGUAAUCUGAGAGCGCCAAAGCGUUUGAUUCGAGCGUGAGAAUAGUUCGAGUGGCGUGUGAGCGCGAGACAGGAGGUGAAAGUGUGUGUCACACGGCAGAAGCGUGAGAAUUGGCAACCCUGUUCAUAGACAUUUUACAUAAAGGUGCUGGUAGAAUGAUUAUCCCAACUACAGUAGACUCGCACUGUCCUGCUCUACUUCUGACCCAAGGAUGCCGUCAUCUUAAGAAAUGAGAAGUUCCUGCUUUACUGCUUUGUUGAAAAGAAGAAGAAGAAGACUGUGAGCCGUGAUCAUGUCCUUCCUCAACAUGUUCAUCUUCUUUUUCUUCAUCUCUCUGCAGGAUGAACUCGCAGCUCUCACAGAAUUUUAUUAUACCAUACCUGAAGGAGGAAAUGCUGAAAUUGCCUGUCCGCCUUCUUCAGCAUCAACUAGAAAGUUCUUCUGCAGAGUAGAAUGUAAGAAGAAUGACAUCAUCAUCCAGACGACUGAGGAGAGACAUCAGGAUGGCAGAUACAGCAUCGAAUGGAGGAGAAGAGGAGCAUCAUCAGGAGACGUUAAAGUGACAAUCUCACAGGUGACCACAGCUGAUAAUGGACAGUACCGCUGUGGUGUGGGCAGAGCUUCAUCUGAGUCAUACAAGUUCAUAGAAAUCAUCGUUGUAGACGCUCUCCUGGAGGAAAACAGAAAAACGCCCAUCUAUGAGAGAACUGGAGGAAACCUCACCGUUGCAUGCUUCUUUUUUUUCUCUUCAUUGUUCACUGUGAGGGAAUCCUUCCUCUGUAGAGACACCUGUACAGACGCUUUAAUAGAAACAGCUGAUUACACAGCACAGGCUGGAAGAUACUCCAUCCGAUACAUAAAAUUUACGGAUGGAGGAUCUGUGUACGCCAACAUCUCACAGCUGACCACAGCAGACUCAGGACGCUACACCUGUGGUCUGAAAAGACUUGUGACACGUCUGAACUGGGUAUUUGAAGUUGUUGUCACAGACGAUUCAACCACAGUUAAACAAAAUGUAACAAUGUCAACAUCAGUCCCACCAUCCUGGAAACCAAAAACACCACCUACCAAACCAGGAGCUAAAUCCCCAGAAACCCCCGAGCAGCCUGCAGCAUUGAUUUCAGGCACACUGCUGUACGUGGGGCUGGCUCUGCUCGCUCUGGCUGUUGUCUUAUUUCUAACUUUGCUGCUACUCUGCAGGAGGAAGUCUUCAAAACUGAACGAAGCACAAACAGAAAUGGAAAACCACACAGUCAUGGAGGAGAGAAACGUCCCAGAAGAAGACAGCCCAUCUCCUCCUGAUGAAAACAUUUACUCUAACACCGUGGGUAUCAGCCUAGACCGAAUGGAAACAGACCGUCAAAACACCUCUGUCAUUGGAGCUGAUGAUCAGUAUACAGCUAAAGACGAACCGAGUGACAUCACCUACUCUGAGCUGAAUUUUCCCAAUCACACAGUCAGCUUAUUCAGCAGCGCCCCCUAUGGAUCAUCUGAAAAUGUUAUCUACUCAUCACCUAGGAGGAUGUGAGCGAGGU